AUGGUUCUACCUGUCUAUUUGUCCGUCUUCUUCUUCUUCUUCUUGUUCGCUGACCAUUCUGCUUCAGCAGAUGAGUGCCCAGGUUUCUUUGACUGUGGUAAUUUGGGCAAGCUCGGGUUCCCUUUGACCACUCCAGAACGUAAAGACUGUGGGAUGUUGCCGAUUCAUGGCUGUGAAGACCCCAACGCUCAAAAAACUGUGCAACUGGGGAAAAAGAUGUUUCAAGUGACGAGGAUAGGAAUCGGGUUGAUUCCUCAAGUUGUCGUUAGAGACACAUAUUUGGAGAAGCGUUUGGCAAGUAAUAAUUGUGACGCCUUUUGUUCCAAUAUUACUUCUCCUCCCAACUCAGCUUUGGGUUCCAUUCAUAUUUGGCCAUUUAUAACCAUGUACAAAUGCAAUACUCCACUCAAUCAGAGUCUUUCAAAGCAAUUCUUGAACUAUACAGGAUGUGCUAAAGGUAAGAAUGAGACCAUCUUCUUCCGAACGCAGGAUCCGGAUGACCCUCUAACUCCUUUAGCAACAUGUCCAAGUGUUCAGCUUCCAGUGAAUAUGCUAUCUUUCUCUCCUGAUCCUUUUACAUUCAUAGCUUCUGAAUUCCAUAUUAGUUUUAAGCUUUCUCCUGGUUGUGUUCGAUGUCUUUUUGACAAUGGUUCAUGCCGUCUCAACAGCACCAGAGAAUUUUAUUGUCUCAAAGAUGAAAUUGAGACAGAAAGACGGGCUUGGAAGCUGGGAUUGCUAAUAGGUGUACCAAGCGCAACUGUUGUGAUUAUAAUUGGUUUGGCUGUUAUUCUAUUGCGGAACAAACGAAGACACAAGUCUUUGGGCUCACAAAAUCAGUCAAGAACCAUUGAAUCUGAUAAUACUCACUCAAAUGUAAUCCUAGAAGAUAGACACAUCUAUUUUAAGUUCCCUGUCUUCUCCUAUGAGGAACUCGAAGAAGCAACAAACAAAUUUGAUCAAUCAAGAGAACUUGGAAGUGGAGGCUUUGGAACUGUUUACUAUGGAAAACUUAAAGAUGGACGAGAAGUUGCUGUUAAGCGGCUGUUUGAGCGCAACUCAUGUGUACAGCAAUUCAUGAAUGAAGUUAAGAUUUUAACACGCUUGCGGCACAAAAACCUUGUGUCACUUUAUGGCUGCACUUCCCGUACCAGUCGUGAACUGCUCCUAGUCUACGAAUAUAUUCCAAAUGGAACUCUUGGUUGUCAUCUUCAUGGAAAUCUAGCAAAAUCUGGUUCACUACCGUGGCCCUUAAGGAUGAGGAUUGCCAUAGAGACAGCAAAUGCAUUGUCCUAUCUCCAUGCUUCUGGCAUUAUUCACCGCGAUGUUUUGGUAUUUCCAAAUUGUUUCCCAUGUUUGUGUCUCAUGUCUCCACGGCUCCAGCAGGAAGCCCAGGUUAUUUGGACCCCGAAUAUUACCAAUUCUGUGAGCUUACUGAAAAGAGUGAUGUUUAUAGUUUCGGAGUCGUGCUGA